CUCCAAACGCGUUGGUCCCUCGGUUUGUCCCGCCAAACCAUCCGAUCUUAUCUGCGGGGUAGCGAGGGAUGACCAAAAUUUUUGAAAAAGCUGCGUGUGUCCAUCAAAGAUGGGAUGAGCACCUGGUGUAGUCUACAGAUCAGAUAUCUAUUGACUGGUUGGUUUCACCAGAUGUUUACAGGAUACUACAAUAGCGAUGGAUCAACAACAAUUAGAGUCAGAUGAUGACGAUUCACAGCAGCAAGAGCUCUCGGCGCUGUACGAGGAUAAUGGUGGACCUGGUAUCCUUGGCACCAGUCUACCGGAUGACGAAGAAUCUCUGGUAAUGAUGUUGGUAGAAGAUGCAGCCUUGGAAUGCUCUUCACUUACGUUUGGCUUGCACAUACCAUCACCUCCUCCCGUGACUCGACACCAUAUACCAAUAGGAUAUAGAAGCAUAACUACAAGCCCAGGUAGUAGAAUACCCGAGCCAACCAAGGGAGCCGAAGGAGAGCACUCGCAGCAAUCCAGCAGAAGUUGCAUGAAGGCCCGGUUCGCUCAACACUUUCUAGGGUUUCGAAGACGGAACAGCACAUCAUGCAGUAGUGAGAAUAAUAAUGAGGCAACACCGGAGCUCACCGGAUAUCGGCUCUCUGCGUUUGAUGUUCUGGUAGUGAUGCCCUUUUAUGCGGCAUGCGGCAUCAUGGCCGUCUUGGCACUGGGAGGUGCCAUUUUCCGAUCUCCUUCUGGAGAUGUCCCCGUGGACGCUGCUGCUCAUACCAGUGGACGCAAGUUGCAUCUGAGAUGGUAUCCUCAGGUCCUCAAGUACAAGGCGCCACCACAAGGCGACUUUAGGAGGACUGUCUAUACUUUGGACGAGUUUGUGGUGGCGGGUGUCAACUUGGCCCAAUACGGCUUGGAAACAGAAACGCAACAGCAGCAGCAAACCAUUGUCCUUUCCAAUAUUCCAGAACCUCCCUUUGAUCUGUACAAAGAUUGGGACUUGGCCAGUCAGUUGCAUGGUCAAGAACGAUGGAGAGACUUGAUUUCUCUCUUCAACAAAGUCCUCCGUGAUUCCACCGUGGGAUCCAAGUACCAUGACCUAUCGGCCGUGAAGCAAUGGCUCCAAUCCUUGGGAGUUCCCAUGGCACGCGUCAAUCCUGAAACGAAACCGCUGUCCAUGGGCGCCAGUCACAAGCUGAAGAAGCAGAAGCAGCAGAAGGUCAACCAAAAGACAACAACGACCAUCCCACGGCCGCCCGUGGCAUCCACCAAGAAACGCCAAAAACCAGUUGUAGACAAACAUCAUACAGACACUCAACAGUUUGUCGUGAAGGAGGAGGAGGAUGUUUGGAUUGUUCAAACCAAAGUAGUGGAACCGCAGGAAAUAAUGGAGGAACGAAGUUUGGUAGCCGACGGGUUCUUGGAGUUUCAAUGCCUCCUCUUGUGGGGACGGGUCUAUGCGGUUCAAUGGAAACAGGAAUCACAUCACAAAGGGAUCGUCCAUCGCAAUGGAACAUCAUGGGUGUCCCAGCAUGAAAAGACUCUUCCGUUGUGGGUCGACUGGGACCAAGUGGUGGCAACCGCCGAACGGGUUGGAGCACACAAGUCGCUCUUUCGGGUGGAUGUUCUGGCCUUGCCCAAAGCCAAGAAGAAGUAUGCCGUGUCGCAGGUAGACUUUGUCCCUAGUCGUUCCUUCCUGGGUGGCAAGCAUGAGCACACCACGGCGCUAUGGCAAGAAGCGACACGGCUACUCAUGGCGGGAUACAAAAUGGGACACUACAGGACCAUCCCCAACGCCGAGUUUUCUUGGCCUUGAUGAUUUACUAUAUCCAAAAGCCAAAUAUCAUCUACAGAUUUUGUAAACUAGACUAAACUGCUCUCU